CGAGUGAAAGGCGCACUGCACUGGAGCGCUCGGAGCGAACGCACACGCACGCUCUGGUGGAGAAGAGCUGCAAAAAAGCUGCGGAACGAGGACUAUUGAUUGGCGGAGAAAGGCAGAGUCAAAAAAGUGUAGUCAGGAAACAGCUCGGGUUUCAGGGGGGAGUGACACUCGAGGGGGUUGGAGGGAGAGUGUGUAGGGACGUAAGACGAGGAAAAGAAAAAAACCUCAGUAAACCUGACAAAGCGUCUGAGAACACAGCUCGGCAUUCUCGGAGGAGUAGCGACAGAUCUGACGCGAAGGAGCCCUCGAAGUUUACGGAUUGUGGGGUUUGUUUGGGAGGACUUCUUAUCGCUCGUUUUUACGCAAGACAUUCGUCGGACUGAGGCUGUGUAUCUUCUCGUUUUAGAUGAAGCUUACAGAACUUGGGAAUUUGGCACCUUUUGGGGAUUGCUGAGGAGAAGAGAAAGUUCCGCGGAUGUAUGUUUUUCUCUCCGGGAUUUACUAAACAUUCCAGGAUUCACAGUGAUCAUGAGAUUCUUGCGGAAUUCCUGCCUUGAUCUUUUGUGAUUUGAAGCGUAUAGCGCUGCAUAUUUUUUUCGGGAGUAAAGAAUUCGUUGCUUGGCAUUUUUGUAGCAGUUGGGGAGACGUCGCCCCGUCGGGACUACACAUUCUUUCUGCGGUCCGGCCAAUGCACUCGCCUGGAUCCUCGGUGCAUGUGGAUCGCGUCCCCAAAGUGUUCGACUGGCCGAGGUGAUUGGAGGAAAUUCCGGUGAUUGACAGGCCAAACGCUCCCCGCAGUUCAUGUUUGGGCGGAGCUCCUCAGAUGGGAUCAGUGUCCAGGGGGAGGCCGAGGCUGAGGAGAGGGGGAUCAUCAUCAUGGGUAGCGGACGGCGGCAGCAGCAGCAGCAGCAGCAGCAGCAGCAGGGUUGCGCCCUCUCGCACCCUCGCCAUCACUAGCGGGAUGUUGGCCCGGUGGGCCUGGCUGCUGGGAGCGCUACUCCUGCUGUCAUUGGCCACCGCCUCCAUGGCACGGCCGCCCUUCCACGCCAACGAGGAGGAGGAGGCCACCGCUGAGACCGAAGAGACGUCGACCAAAUACCAAAUCUCUAAGCCCACACUGUGCUCGGUGCCUCCGGGCGAGGUCUUGCGUCUGCGCUGCGCACUCCCGGAGGCUGCCACAGGGGCGGCGCCAGCAGAGGCAGCAGGCACCUUGUCGUCAUCGCUCUCGGCGUUAGCGACGGUACCCGUACCCGUACCCGUGGCGGCGGCCAUCACGUGGACCAAAGACGGCGCGGCGCUGGGCCCCAACAACCGUACGCUCAUCCAGCAGGAGCUGCUGCAGAUCCGCGACGCCGUGCCGGGCGACUCGGGCCUGUACGCGUGCUCGCCACAGGGGGCGCCACUGCAGAGCAGCCACACGCUCUGCUUUAUAGUCAAUGUGACAGAUGCCAUCUCGUCGGGCGAUGACGAGGACGACACGGAACGUUCGUCGGAUGACAUGGGCGCGGACGGAGAACAGAUGCGAGCUCCGUAUUGGACCAUGCCGGAGAAGAUGGAGAAGAAGCUGCAUGCGGUGCCGGCGGCCAACACGGUGAAGUUCCGCUGUGCGUCGGGCGGCAAGCCGCCUCCCAAGAUGAGGUGGCUGAAGAACGGUCGGCCCUUCCGCCAGGAGGACCGCAUGGGCGGAUACAAGGUGAGGGUACGCCACCAGCACUGGACCCUCAUCAUGGAGAGUGUGGUGCCAUCGGACAAGGGCAACUACACCUGCCUGGUAGAGAACCAGUACGGCCAAAUCAACCACACCUACACGCUCGACGUAGUCGAGCGCUCUCCGCACCGGCCCAUCCUGCAGGCGGGUCUGCCGGCCAACACCACGGUGCAUGUGGGCCAGGACGCCAAGUUUGUGUGCAAGGUGUACAGUGACGCCCAGCCCCACAUCCAGUGGCUGCAGCACCUCAGCAGGAAUGGCAGCCGCUACGGGCCCGACGGAAACCCCUACGUCCGCGUGCUCAAGACCGCAGGUGUAAACACCACGGAUAAAGAUAUCGAGGUGCUGUACCUGCCCAAUGUCACGGUAGAGGAUGCGGGCGAGUACACCUGUCUGGCGGGUAAUUCUAUUGGGAUCUCCUUUCACACUGCUUGGUUGACGGUGCUUCCAGCCCUGGAGGAGCCUCCUCCGCCCAGCUUCCCGCCGGACUACGUGGAGAUCGCCAUCUACUGCAUCGGAGUCUUCCUGAUCGCCUGCAUGGUGGUGAUCGUGCUGGUGUGCCGCAUGCGCACCUCCACCAAGAAGCCGGACUUUGGCGGCCAGCCCGCCGUGCACAAGCUCAGCAAGCAGAUCCCUCUGCGCCGCCAGGUGUCGUCGGACUCCAGCUCCUCCAUGAAUUCCAGCACGCCUCUCGUACGCAUCACCACGCGCCGGAGCUCCGCCCACGACGACCCCAUACCCGAGUACGACCUCCCCGAAGACCCGCGCUGGGAGUUCCCUCGAGACAAGCUGACGCUGGGUAAGCCACUGGGCGAAGGAUGCUUUGGUCAGGUGGUCAUGGCAGAGGCGCUGGGGAUCGAUAAGGACAAACCCAAAGAGGCCGUCACUGUGGCAGUCAAGAUGCUCAAAGUGGGGACUCGAUUAGGGGGGCGGGGCCCUGGACUAGGCGUUGCCCGGGUCGGCAGUUAUACUCAUGAACGGCCAUCCGGGUACUUUGCUCACGAUGCGACGGAGAAGGACCUGUCAGACCUGGUAUCGGAGAUGGAGAUGAUGAAGAUGAUCGGCAAACACAAGAACAUCAUCAACCUGCUCGGGGCAUGCACGCAAGAAGGCCCGCUGUACGUGAUCGUGGAGUACGCGUCCAAGGGUAACCUGCGCGAGUACCUGCGAGCGCGGCGGCCCCCGGGCAUGGAGUACUCGUACGACAUCGCGCGCGUCUCGGACGAGCAGCUCACCUUCAAGGACCUGGUGUCCUGCACCUACCAGGUGGCGCGCGGCAUGGAGUAUCUGGCCUCGCAAAAGUGUAUACAUCGAGACCUGGCUGCUCGGAAUGUCCUGGUCACUGAGAGCAAUGUGAUGAAGAUCGCAGACUUCGGCCUGGCCAGAGACGUGCACAACAUCGAUUACUACAAGAAGACCACCAACGGUCGUCUCCCUGUGAAAUGGAUGGCUCCAGAGGCGCUGUUCGACCGGGUCUACACACACCAGAGUGACGUCUGGUCGUUUGGGGUGCUGAUGUGGGAGAUCUUCACGUUGGGGGGUUCCCCGUACCCCGGCAUCCCCGUAGAGGAGCUCUUUAAGCUGCUGAAAGAGGGCCAUCGCAUGGACAAGCCUGGCAACUGCACCAACGAGCUGUACAUGAUGAUGAAAGACUGCUGGCAUGCCAUCUCGUCUCAGCGGCCCACCUUCAAGCAGCUGGUGGAGGAUCUCGACCGGAUACUCACGCUGGCUACCAACGAGGAGUACCUGGACCUGCGUGCGCCCCCGGAACAGUACUCCCCCAGCUUCCCGGACACACACAGCUCUUGCUCCUCCUCCGGCGACGACUCGGUGUUCUCCCACGACCCCCUACCCGACGAGCCCUGCCUGCCCAAGUACCAGCACAUUAACUCCAAAACAUGAGGACGCCCCCCAAAGGGCUGGAGGAGAAAGGACACGCAAAAAAAAGAACCAUGGACACGCAAUGUGUUGUGUGUGUGUGUGUCUCCCCUCCCCAAAUCACAGACCCCUGGAAACAGACACCCAAACGCACCAUGGAAUGGACACACAAAGGACACGCAAAAAAGAACCAUGGACACGCAAUGUGUUGUGUGUGUUACACCCUCAACCCCCCCCCAAACAUGGACACACAGAAACAGACACCCAAACACACCAUGGAAUGGACAUGCAUGUGUGUGACUACCCCCAAAAAAACACAUACACCCAGACACACACACACACACAUGCAUGCACACUGAACAUGCUUUUCACCUCACCCCAGGACUCUACUGCAACUUGAAGUGCCAAGCCUCAACUCUGAGGCCCCGACUCCUCUAAAUGCCCAUGUUGUCACCAGCAGUUGACACAGCCAACACCACCUCCGCCUUCCUCAUUUCAACACUAGCCAACGCGUACCUCCACCCACCUGUUGCCUUUGCCAUUUGACAGUACCUCUUGUAUUCCUGCACCCCACCGCCUCACAUACUUACACGCACACGCACACGCACACGCACACACACACACGCGUCGUAUGAAUGUGCAUAAAGAGAUUUAAUACACACCACACACAGACACAUAUGUACACACACACACACACGCGCGCACACGCACGCGUACGCACACACACACACACACACACACACACACACACACACACACACACACACACACACACACACACACACACACACACACACACACACACACACACACACACACACACACCCCUGCUGCUCUCUCCUCUUCCACCCGUAUUGACUCUUGCUGGACCUACAGCUAAAAGGGUGAGGAAGGGGCAGUGCUGCUCUCGGACCAUGAACUAUUGUGUGCUUCCAAAAAUAAGCAUGCCACACACACACACACACACACACACACACACACACACACACACACACACACACACACACACACACACACACACACACACACACACACACACACACACACACACACACACACACACAUAUGGACACCCACUCAUACACACGGUAGAACCUCACACAUUCCAACACAUUACAUGUGCAGAAAAAGAACCUGCACACCCAUACACAAACUGCCACACACGCACACGCACGCGCGCACACACACACACAAACACACACACACACACACACACACACACACACACACACACUUCACAUUUUAUUGUGACCAAGCUCUUAUUGGAGAGGACAAGGGGUCAGCCUGAUGUUCAUCAUCAUUGACUGUAAGAGGGGCCUCUCUUCGCCCCUCGCCCUCUCUUCUCCUCAUUUUACUUUAUUUGUCUGAAUGUUUGUUUGUUUCGUUUUGUUUUGUUUGUCAUCGUCGUCGUCAUCGACGGAAUUGUACUUCUUUUUUUUUUCUUCCUACCACCAUUCCAUUCCAUCGUCUGGCAUUCCGAGCCUCUCCCCCCUUCACAGCUGGGAAGAAAGAAGAAGAAACAGAACCAGCAGAGGAGAGGAAAAAAUACUGAACAGAAAGAAAAAAGGAACGUAAGAAAAUGAGUCAAAGGGACUUAACGAAAUGGUAGAAAUACCAUGUGAAUAUCGUGUGAAAAUGGAGGCAAAACUACCAGAGCAAAAAAAAAAAAAAGAAAAAAGGACGAGAAGAGUAUUAUGAUACUGCCUCUUGUUUAUUUUGUAAUGUCCAGUUUUUUAUCGUCUUUUUUUGGUAAGCCCACACAGUUAUUAUGGAAAAAAGUAAUACACGGUAUAUAGUGCUGGGUAUAUUUGUAAAUAUAUUCAAAUGUAUAAAUAUAUAUUAUAUAUUUACAGUGAAUUAUUUUUUGUAUGGACUCCAGAACACCCUUUCCCACCGUCCCCCCACCCCCCCCCCCCCCCCCCUUCCCCCCCAGGUUACUUAGACUGAUGUGGCUACUCCAGGCUUACAUCGCUAUUCAGCUAACUUCUUAUACACUUGUUUUCUUCCUCAAUUUCUUACACACACACACACACACACACACACACACACACACACACACACACAC